CGGUAGAAAGAGUGAAGCUCUGGCCCGGCGCGGGGUGUGUGCUCUACGGGGUCGCUGGGCCGGGCACCGGGCUGUGUGGAGAAGUGAGCGCGCUCGCCUGACCCCGUCCUCGCCACUCCGAGCCAGAAGGGGCGAGCUCCUGAGGCCCUCGUCUUCCGCAACCUCCGCUCGGCGGCGUCGGCGUGCCCUCGGCCCGGCCAGCUGGCAGCCGCCUACCCUCCCGUGCCCCCGCCCUGCCGCCCCUUGUCCGCCCAGCGGCCGGGUCUGUGGUGUUAGCAGCCCGAACAAGACCACUCAAGGUGAAGGAUAUCUACUAAUACCAGCACUUUGAAUGAAAAUUUGUUCCUCUGCCACAAACUGAACAUUUUUUUGUGUGUCUUGGGGAGGGGAGUUGAAACACAAACCUGAUUUUGUGGCAUAGCAGCUAUGCAGCUUGAAAUCCAAGUAGCACUAAAUUUUAUUAUUUCAUAUCUGUACAAUAAGCUUCCCAGGAGACGUGUCAACAUUUUUGGUGAAGAGCUUGAAAGACUUCUUAAGAAGAAAUUUCUUAAGAAGAAAUAUGAAGGGCACUGGUAUCCUGAAAAGCCAUACAAAGGAUCAGGGUUUAGAUGUAUACAUGUAGGGGAGAAAGUGGACCCAGUGAUUGAACAAGCAUCCAAAGAGAGUGGUUUGGACAUUGAUGAUGUUCGUGGCAAUCUGCCGCAGGAUCUUAGUGUUUGGAUCGACCCAUUUGAGGUUUCCUACCAAAUUGGUGAAAAGGGACCAGUGAAGGUGCUUUAUGUGGAUGAUAAUAAUGAAAAUGGAUGUGAGUUGGAUAAGGAGAUCAAAAACAGCUUUAACCCAGAGGCCCAGGUUUUUAUGCCCAUAAGUGACCCAGCCUCAUCAGUGUCCAGCUCUCCAUCUCCUCCCUUUGGUCACUCUGCUGCUGUAAGCCCUACCUUCAUGCCCCGGUCCACUCAGCCUUUAACCUUUACCACUGCCACUUUUGCUGCCACCAAGUUCGGCUCUACCAAAAUGAAGAAUAGUGGCCGAAGCAACAAGGUUGCACGUACUUCUCCUAUCAACCUCGGCUUGAAUGUGAAUGACCUCUUAAAGCAGAAAGCCAUCUCUUCCUCAGUGCACUCUCUGUAUGGGCUUGGCCUGGGCAGCCAGCAGAAGCCACGGCAACAGCAACAGCCAUCCCAGCCACCGCCGUCACCACCACCGCAGCAGCAGCAACAGCAGAAAACCUCUGCUCUUUCUCCUAACGCCAAGGAAUUUAUUUUUCCUAAUAUGCAGGGUCAAGGUAGUAGUACCAAUGGAAUGUUCCCAGGUGACAGCCCCCUUAACCUCAGUCCUCUCCAGUACAGUAAUGCCUUUGAUGUGUUUGCGGCCUAUGGAGGCCUCAACGAGAAGUCUUUUGUAGAUGGCUUGAAUUUUAGCUUGAAUAACAUGCAGUAUUCUAACCAGCAAUUCCAGCCUGUUAUGGCUAACUAAAAAAAGAAAA